GUUCGAUGGUGAUCUAGUCAAAUUGAGCAGCUUUAUAGCGUCAUCAAGCUACUGUAUGCAGAAGGUAUAUUGGUUGUUCUCCGGAGUGAUUGUUGAUUCGACAGUAGUUCAGUUGGAUGACGUCAUCAAGCAAUAACUGCCGCUUACAUACCUGAACUUAUCCCUAUGGAAAAGACAAUGCUCCAGAGACCGACUACCUAGGAUAGCAUUAGAUCAAUCUUACAUGCUUUGUCAAUUGCUUACCAACUCUCUACGUGUAACUCUUAUAUCCAACAGACACUCACCUUAAUGCACAUGCGCCACCUAGCGACUAUAGUUAAACUCUCCUAUUUAUGUCCGAGACGACGACCAAGCGAAGACGUCUAGUACUUUCGUGCUUUGAAUGUAAGCGCAGGAAGUUAAAGUGUGGACGAGAGACUCCUAUCUGUUCGAGGUGCAUCAACGUAGGCACCCCAGAAGUUUGCGAGUACGACCCUCGUUUCUCGAUGAACACGGACACGGACGUGGCUGGUCUAGCUUGUGCUAAUCAGGCUUGGUCUCCCAAGAACUCAAUAAGCCAGUUGCCUACAACCACCUUCGACAACUUCGAUGCCUCGCUUAUCAGUGAUAACUGUCAACCAAAUCUCUGGCUACCAUUUCAGCAUGAUCUGGACCUCGAAAGCUCCUCUUCCGAAGUCCUAGACAGUGAGAGCCUCAUCGAGUCUUUCAAGUUGCAAAUGCAGCAACCAUUCCCGGACCAAAGGAAAAGUUUGAACGGUCGGUUCCGAGGCCUGAGCCACUCGACGAGCAUUGUUGCCUCCUUUCCGGACCUCUACAGAUUUAUGAAACAGAUCGUUGAGGACCACCACAUCCUAGGGGCUCCGCAAUGGGCUACAUACACGCCAAGCGCAGAGCAGCCUCUCCCGUUCUAUUCAAAAGAAGAGGUAGAGCAAGCCAUAAAACGUCUUCUCCCAGCAGAAGAGCGCUGUCGUCGUCUUUCAAAGUCAUACUUCGAUCACUUCACUGGGAUAUAUGCCCUCUUCCACGUUCCCUCGUUCUGGCAUGAAUACCAGGACUAUUGGGACGGGACGCACAAUGAUCCGGUUCGAUUCAAUGCGAUGCUUCUUGCUGUGAUGUCAUGCUCAAGGUGUCUUUUUGCGGACGAUCCGCUGUCUUUUGACGGAGACAGUUCUACUGCCAGAAACGAAGCGGUGAAAUGGUUGCACGCAGUUGAGGCAUGGCAAAACUAUCGUGCAGCGACAAACUCUACAAUCGAAGCAUUCCAAAUCAAAUGCUUAGUGCUCUUAUCGAAGACACUGAACGAUAUCGGCCGCGAGGACCACUACACGGCUUCACAGACUUUACUCGCCGAUGCCAUCUCGAAUGGCCUUCACCGAGACUGGAAACUUCUUGGCGUAGAGGAAUCCGUCUAUGAGCGAGAGAUACGUCGGAAGGUGUGGUCUGCCGUUGCUGAGCUGGAUAUCGCAGCCUGUAUUGAACGCGGUGUGCCAUCUAUGGUUUCUAAUCUACUCGCCGACAUCGGGCAGCCAAAGGGAUACAACGACUGCGAUUACUUUUCCAACACUGAAUUCGAGCCCCCUGAUCAGCCGGACUGCCAGCUUACAGAUAACUCGUUUGCAAAGAUCGCACACUCGAUUCGACCGCUUCGCUACGAGAUCAAUGACUUCGUCAAUAACCCGCAAAAACAUAGAUCGCUAAAUCAAUCACAUCUCGUGGCAUUGCGGGUGCAGAUAUCCAAAGCCAUGGAUGGUAUACCUAGUUGGUCGGACCCAGCACCAGACGUGGCAGGACGCAAUCGAGGCCUCGUAUAUCGAGCAGUCCUGGAGCUAUAUUUACAUGAGCUACUACUUCUGCUGCAUCUCCCAUUCGCCCUUACAACAGAUGGAGCCGUCUCUUCAGCUAUAGAUACAGACUUUCAACGAUUCAUCUGCGUAAGAUCAGCUAGUACAAUCAUCAAGAUACACGAGCUGGUUGCGCAUGAAGGAUUUAGCCCGAUAGCCUUAGGAAAUGCGAAUCUCUUACGAGCAGGCUUAUGUUUAUGUCUCCUUGAAGGAGGUGCAUUGAAUUACGGUAUCACUUCCCUACCUGUAUGCCCAGAUGCCCAGACUAAGCUGGUCAACUCUGCUCUCGGCAUGGUUGAGCAACGUGUCCUCAGUCUAGGCACUGGUCUUCAAUCUCUCUGGCUCUUUUCUGUCGCCAGCUGUUACAUUGAGUCACGUAGAGACCCCAGCUCAAGCUCAGUCUCGAAGAAUCGAACUACUGACGAGAUUGUUGCUCUGUUCAGCAAGAUGUGCUGGGCACAAGUACAAAAAAGCAUUGGGUUCGGACUGUCCGAUACCCAUAUUGCGCGUUAUAUAUUGCAGGUCCACCAGGUAUGCGAGGCUAUUGGGCAGAUGAUGGGUAGUAAGACGGGUCUGGACGUGGGUUCAGUGCUGGCCAGAGCUGGCUCAAUCUCCAUGAAAUCCGCGCAUUGAUCACGGCGUUAUGGAGGUCUUGGGUCGACCUGUAUGAAGAAAAGUUGUUGAGUAUAUAAUGCAUGAAGUAUGAAUGUAUAGACGGCAAUUGAUAGCUGGUUUUUGUCAUGCG